AUGCCAAAGUCCAAAAGGGAAAAGCUCCUGAUCGUUCUCAUUGACGGCAUCGGUGAUGUCGCUGUGCCUGAAUUGGACAAUCGCACCCCUCUUCAAGCGGCCAACAUUCCUUGGAUGGAUAAACUAGCUGCAAGUGGAUUGAAUGGUUUACUUGACUCAGUGGAGCCUGGCUUAGCUUGUGGGUCUGAUACAGCACACAUGUCGAUCCUCGGUUACAACCCAAGACAGUAUUAUCGUGGUCGUGGAGCAUUUGAAACCAUGGGGGCAGGAUUGGAGAUGAUACCUGGUGAUAUUGCAUUCAAGUCCAACUUUGCCUAUCUCGAUCGAUCCACGGGCAUCGUAGUUUCUCGGAGAGCGGAUCGCCAUUUCGAAGGCCUUGGACCUACUUUGUGUGACGCCAUUGAUAACAUCAAACUUCCUUCAUUUCCCAAUCAUACAGUGGCCGUCAAGUAUGCAACCGAGCAUCGAUGCGGUGUUAGAGUACGUGGUCCCGGAUUAACUGAUAUGAUAACAGGCACGGAUCCAUUGAAAGACAAUUUACCAUUAGUCACGUGUGAACCCACGGAUGAGACGGAUGAUGCAAGGAUGACUAGUGAGCUCAUCAACGAGCUGUCAGACGCUUUCUACAACGCACUGAGCAAGCAUCCAAUCAAUGAUGAUCGAAGGAAGGCUGGAAAGAAUCCUGCAAAUUGCAUAUUGUUGCGUGGUUGUGGUAGCUGCAUUGAUGUGCCAAGUAUUGAACAGCUACAUGGGCUCAAGAGCUUUUUGAUUGCGCCAACAUGCAUCAUUGCUGGAUUGGGAAUGACAGUGGGCAUGGAUAUCAUCAAGGUUGAAGGUGCAACAGGAGACUAUCAUACAAACUUUCAAGCAAAGGCGGAUGCUGCAGUGGAAAACUUGACAAGCAGCAAGUAUGAUUUUGGAUUUCUUCACAUAAAAGCGGUGGAUGAUGCUGGACAUGAUCGCAAUGUGCCAUUAAAGGUGCAAUUCCUAGAAAAAAUUGACGCUGCUAUCGGUGAUAUUAUCUCUCGGUUGAAUAAGGAUGAAUUAGAAAACGGGGGUAGCGAGUAUACGGUCAUUAUUGCAAGUGAUCAUUCUACUCCUGUAUUAUAUGGCGAUCAUAGCUCCGAGCCUGUACCAUUUUGUAUCAGCCGGGUAAAGUAUGUCAUGGAUGGCACCCGAGGCGACAAUGUCGAGCGUUUUGAUGAGAAUGCAGCAGUACAAGGUGCACUUGGCCGAUUCUGUGGAGCGGAGCUCAUCAAGCUUGCAAAGUCAUAUAUGUCACAUGCAUCAUCAAGAGAUAUACAGUCAACUACUAGUACAUAG